AUGGUUUCGACUACUGUUGAACUCAGGGUUGGCAUGUCAUGUGAGGGAUGUGUUGGAGCUGUUAAGCGGGUUCUUGGCAAAAUGGAAGGUGUUGAGUCCUUCGAUGUAGACAUCAAGGAGCAGAAGGUCACUGUGAAGGGUAAUGUGACGCCGGAUGCUGUUCUGCAGACUGUUUCGAAGACAGGCAAGAAGACAUCGUUCUGGGAGGCUGAACCCUCGGCAUCUGCUGUUUCGUCCUAA